AUGGAGGGCCUGAAAGCCACCCAGAGCAGAGUGAACGAGGCUCACGCCUCUGGCGCUCACUUGCUAGAGGACAUAACGGAGCUUAUCCGACUGGGUGGAGAGAUUCGUCAGCACUUCAGUGCUGCCUGUCCCGAAAAGGCGGAGGAGGAAAGUGUUAACGCGACACGAUCAGACAGCACAGGCAGCAAUGACAGUUUUGAAAGCGACGGCUCUUUCGGACUCGCAAUUUCUGCUUACCUUCUUGAGGAGGCCAGGGAAGACAUGCUGCGCCUGGCUGAACCGUCAGACUAUGAAGCCAGCUCCCUCCACCAGACCGGUGAAGAUGCCCUGCUCCAUCCAUCUGCGGCGGAGGAGAAGGAGGAGGACGCUUCAGACUCGCAUCGGCCCGCUUGGGAAGAUGCUCCAGGUUCACCGAGAACAUCGAACCAAUCCACAGAUGGCACUUCAAUAUUUGAUUCCUUACCCGAUUUUAUUGAUGUACGCCUCACUAGUCUGAAUCGGCUUGAGGAAUUGGCGCGAAAUUUGCUGGGCAAGGCAGCUGACAAACUGAACCGCCUGGUUCAGCUCUAUACUGAGAUAAAUGAGGUAGGUGACUUUUUAGAUGUUUGA